UAAAAAACAAAACAAAGAUGGCUUCGAAGAAAGGUGUAGACGAAGUAAAACUGAUAUCAAAACCAAGCUUUUUCGGCACGAAAAAAGAUAAAAAUACGUCUCUACUCCUAUGGUUACAAGGUCUUGUUAUUUUUCUGUUAGUUAUUGGCAUUCUGGUCUAUGUUUGCCUUGUAAUUACCAAUACCACUCAAAAAGGUACUUGCGCUGGCGGAAUACAUAUAGACGAUCUCAAAGGCAAGAUUUAUUUAUCAAACCGUGAAGACCCAUCCUCAAUCAUUGCUGAAAUCGGGAAAAAUUUAGGCAAGUAUAGGUUGGAAAGGCGGCCUAUUGAAGAUGGUUUUGAAUACACUUGGAAGAAUGGUCCCAAACUUGUUGUUAGAAAUUUGUUAGACAACUGCACUGAUCUACAUUGGUCAGAGAUGGAAAAUAUCAAUGAUUACCCACUUGACUGUUUUGUGCUGAAAGAUCGACAUUGGUACGGCGGUGGUGAGCUGUAUAAUCAAGUUUGGCCGUUCGAAAAAUCUGUCAUGGAGAUGGCUGCGUAUUACCCACAAGACACCAUUAACGCUAAAUACCAGAACAUUCCGGCAUUUGGUCCUGUGUUGGGAAGAUACUGGGUCAACUCCCAAGGCAUUGCGAUUAUCGGAAAUCAAAUUUCACCGUUAGUUGUUGGUAUAAACACGAAGAAAGAGCCUGGGCAGCUUUGUCUUUCCAUCAACCCAACCCUAUACCCACCUACAAGUGUCCCCCCUCAACUGCACUACCAAAUAUGCCAAGGCGAUAAUGUUAAAACCAUCCACCAAGCAAUGGUUAAAAAAUUUUUUAAGAAAAUAACAAAAGGUCCCGAUGAGACAAUGAUGCGCUAUCCAGUAUGGUCGACGUGGGUUAGGUACCAUUCGGAGGUGAACCAAAAUGACGUCGAAGCGUUCCUUGAUCAAAUUGUGGCAAAUCAUUUCAAUUGCAGUCAGCUUGAAAUUGAUGAUAAGUACACAACAACGUAUGGUGAUUAUGAUUUUGAUCCGGAAAAAUUUCCCAAGCCACAAGAAAUGAUUGAAAAAAUUCAUAAUGCCAGUUGCCGGGUCACAACUUGGGUUCAUCCAUUUUCCAACGUGUAUUCUAAGUCUUACGCUGAGGGUAAGCAGAAGGGUAUGUUUGUUGUUGGAGGGGAUGGUAAGACCCCUGGAUUUCUAAAGUGGUGGAAUGGUUGGGCUGCUGCAGUUGACGUUACAAAACCCAGUGCCUACGAUUGGUUUUAUUAUCGGCUAAAAGAUUUUCAAAAAAAAUAUAGCAUUGAUUCGUUCAAAUUUGAUGCAGGUUCUGUGAGUUAUCUACCCUUCCAGUACACCUUGAAUGGUACCACUAUACCAUCUAAUUACAGCGUACACUAUGCACAACUUGCAUCAGACAUUAACAACAUGGUUGAAGUUCGUGUUGCAGACCAUAGCCAGAAUUUGUCCGUAUUUGUGCGGUUUCUAGACAGAGAUGCAGAAUGGAACACUCCAAUGGGGUUGACAUCCGUUAUACCGACUGUCUUAACAUUUGGAAUUUUGGGCUAUCCCUUCAUCUUGCCUGAUAUGAUUGGUGGAAAUGGCCAGCCCUCCAAAGAGCUUUUUAUCCGAUGGAUGCAACUGACUGCUUUCCUUCCCGCCAUGCAGUUUUCAAUUGCCCCAUGGGAUUUUGACAACGAAACCGUUGCAAUUGCUCACAAUAUGAUGAACAUUCGAGCCAGCAUAAUGCCGACAUUGAUGGAAGGUGUCAAUGAAACCAUUGAAACUGGUGCCCCGAUCAUUCGUCCUUUAUGGUGGGUUGCACCAGAGGACGAGACCGCCCUCACCAUCGACCAGCAGUUUAUGGUGUCGGACGUAUACCUGGUAGCACCAGUUGUAACCAAGAAUGCAAGCAACCAUACCGUGUAUCUACCCAAGGGUGUAUGGAUGGAGGAAUUUGGAAACAAGACGAAUCAUACUAUGGGGCAAGGUGGCACAGUUUUCUAUAAAAAUCCUGGCCUAGCUGAUGUGUACUAUUUUAAAAAUAUCACCCUUUUACAUUAUAGUUCUUUACAUUAGACUAGUGUACUUUUUGUAACUGGGUUGCUUGAUUGUAAAUAUUUUGUAGCAACUAAUAAAACAAAAAUGUUUAAAAUAAAUGUCCCACAAACAAAAGUAUUAAAUACAACUUUAAUAUAAAUGUCAUACUAAAUAAUUACCCUGCAUGGGUUAGCCUCAGAUUGUAGAAUUGUAGAAUCCAUUUAUUGGAAAUCCAAAGGAUAUCAUCCAAAGAUUCAUUUAAAAUAGGAAAAUAAAUAAAAUAAAAUAGUUAAUAAAAUAAAAUAAAAUAGUUACAGUAAUAAGUCUUAUGUAAUUUCACUAAGCUUCAUAUUUAUUACAGGUAAUGGAACAUUUUUGCACUUUAUAUAUUUUUCGCUGUGUUAGUUUCUUUAGGGCCGGUUUUGGGAUUUUUGCACCUAUUUUUCUUUCAUGUUUGCCAUUGUGAUACUAAGGUAGAGUUGCCACCAGGGCUGCCAAUUGCCCCGGGCCCCCACCUUAAUAGGGCCCCAACUUGAGAGUGAGAG